UUUAUUUUUCUUGCGCAAGUUCGAAAUAUGUUAUUCAAUCUCGCUUAAAUGUUGUGAUGACAGCUUCGUCUCAAAGCUCUUCUUUAAAUAAUUUUGAAACUCCAAAAUCCGAAGUCACUUCAGAAACAGAAAAUCUGUCUCACACUUCGUAUCAUGCAUCAUUUAAUGCAUAUCCACUGGAAUGCUCAUCAAAUCUUCUAAACCCUACCAACGAAGUGAUAUACAUGCCCUUAAAUCCUACAAAUGUUCCUCUAUCACUUCAACCAGCAAGCGUUUCCAGUGAAACACAGAAUGAACUUCCACAAAGUUACAGUCGCCCAAUAUGUCAUGGGUUUAUUUUCCCAAAUUCAGACGGUAUAAAUGAUAAUUUUGGUCACGCAAGUAUCCCGGAUGUUCAGGAUAAUUCAGAAAAUGUAUUUCACAGCGUACAAAAUCAGGUUUUAGGUCAAAAUUUAAGCGAUUUAGACUACAAUGCUCAAAGGCACCUACAACUUCUGUUGCUCCAGAAGCUGAUUGAACUGCAGCUUGCACAAUAUUAUAAUACGCUCAAAAGUACUAUUCCACUCCAAAGCCAGUCGAACAUUCAGUCUCGAAAUCAAGAACCGCUCCCUUGCAAUGUUCAAAAUUUUGGCUUGAAUGAGCGUCCCAAUCAAAACUGGGCUGUAAAUAGUGAACAAUCAGAUAUGUCUACAUUUCUAGUACCAGUUGAAGCCAAGUUUGAAGGAGAAAGUGGUCUUUCCUUACAUAUAACCCCAAGGGAUGACAGUAGCAAUACUAGCCAAAAAGGUUCCGUUACUGUAGAGUGUCCGGGUCAGCCUAUUGUAUUAUACCCGUAUACUGUCCAACAUGAUGGUACACAAGAAGAAACAUCUCCGGUUAGUCAAUCAAAUACUGACUCAAAUGCGAGUGGUCCAACUGCGCAGGCACUAACAAUAAAAGAUAUACAUCAGUGCGUGCGGAGAGGCUCAUUUGAGUUUACUCCUGAAUCUAGUAAUGACAUAGUUGAGAGUAUACGGGGUCGUACGAGACCUGGAUUUGUGUUAUUGAGUGUACGACACGAAAAGAUAAAAGCAGGAAUCUCACCAAAUUCUGAAUCAGGUCUUAAGAAAAUCCAUUCAUCCCCCAAUCUGGGAACAGCAAACUCUGAAACAAAAACAGGAAGCUUUAGUGUAAUGAAAAAAUCCAGGAAACGGAUGAAAUAUGCAAAAAGCGAAACAGAACUCAAGAGGCGAUCAAUGCGGCAUUCCCCGAAGUCUUUCUUAGAAAGUAGAGAGAGUAACGGUGCAGCUCAAUCUCCAGUAGAACUUACCGAAGAUGAACUUAAAGCUUUGUCGUCACAGUCAAGGUUCAGGGUGACCAGGUUUGCGGACAAGAAACAAGCAUGGAUAGCUCCUUCAAAAGCAAGCUGCUUGUCUGUACACGAUCUAUGGACUACUAAGCUUCCAGAAUAUGUGUUGAAGUGUGCUGAGCAUUUGAAGAAUUCAGGUUCUGAGGGAUUCAUUCAGGAAGAGAAAAAUAAUAAUUUACCUUAUUCUUUGGAAGCAAUUAUAAAUGGACGUUGUAUAGCUUGCCAAAAUCAACCCCUACUUCAGAAUUGUUUAUGGAAAUGAAACUCUGACUAUGCAAAAUAAACUUAGAUUCUGAGUGAUUGUUGGAUGCUUUCUACAGGAUGUUUCCUUCUCUCAGUUCAAUGGAACAGAUUUCUGUUGUACAAAUGGGGAUGUGAUUCAUUGGCUUAGGCACUUUAAUUUAUAUCGAUGGCCAACACCUGGAAUCCUUAUAUGAAUCUCAAAGCUACUUACCAAUCUGUGAAUCUGUCUACAAUAUGACGCAAGUAUUCAUUGUACAAGAUGGUGUCGUUUUCAAGUUCAACCGAUGAUGUAUUUUAAUCAUCUCGGCUUACAGAAAAUAAAAAACAGCACACAUCUACGCUCAAUCAUCUUUUCUGUGCAAAAAAAUUAACCCAGUCUCAUUCAAAACUGUUUUGUAUAAUCUUCAUUAUGCUUUUAUAACUUCUCAGUUAUGUAUAAUUCUAUGUAAAUUAUUUAUUUUUUUUUUAUUUCUCCUCAUUUUACUUUACAUAUCUCUAUUCAUAUCAUUAUUUUGAAGCUUGAUCAACGUUUUUUUUCGCAAUCACCCAAACAAAAUAAGUUUAAUAAAAGUUCCCACCUGUGAACAAUCAGAUGGAUGGAACUUGUGUACACAUGAUGGAAAAAAACUGUCAUCAGUGAUAAUGAUGAUGAUGAAGAUGACGAUGAUGUAUUUACGUAGGCAUAUUUUUUUUAAAAUUUUACCAGAAUUAUUUUGAAAAAAAUUUCGAUUUUUUUUCUGUAAAAAUUUCUCUCUUUUUUGAAUGUUUUUCCUAAAAGGAAAUGAAUUUUUGGAUUUAAAAAAAAACAAUGUUCUCAAAUUUUUCCUCUGAUCAUGAUAUCAUCAAAAUCUUGGCUAAAACACUGAAUAAUUAAUGGCUAGUAAAACUCACAAGUUAAAAUAUACAAAUGAAUCAUGUCGGUAACUUUUC